CUUCGUUGUAUGCUGUGUAAAGUUAAAGAUUGAAACAAACAUACGACUAUCUGGUUUAUAUCUGAACUACACUAACAAUGUGUUUUGUUAAAGACAUGAAUUACAUAUCAGUUUUCAUUAAUGCUAUUGUUGUAGCACUGAUGGCCAUUUACGUAUACCAGAAUGAAAAAAGAAUGGAGGAAAUAGCAGCCAAGCAUAAUCAAAUAGGGAAUAUCAUAAUUUCUGUUCUUGGACCAAAGUCAUUGUCGUUGGAGAGAAUGGAAUCAAAGUUAAACGAAACCUCUGCUAUUUUGAACCGUCAUAACGGUAUUUUACAAGACAUUCUUGAAGUUGUGCAGAGAGAUCAAAAUAUUGCUCAAUUGAGAGAAAUUGCAUAUGGAAAACAAACAAGGCAAAGUUCAGAUUAUGGAAAAGCUUACGCCAGUGCUUCUGUCGAUGGAAAUUUAGAUACAGCUAGUCAUACAGAACUUGACGAAUCACCUUACUUGGAGGUUGAUUUAGGGAAUGAAUUUCAGAUAAAAAGGAUAGACAUUUUCAAUAGAAAAGAUUGUUGUGAUGUAAAGCCUAACUGCAUUUUGUGUUUAUCAAAUAUUGCAGGAGAUCGACUUCACGACUUGGAUAUAACAAUUGGACCUUCUCACAAUCAGAUGUAUUUAUGUGCUCAUUACAAAGGACCAAGUCGAAUUGGAGAACAUCUUGUAUUCGAAUGUAACCAAAAUACCAAAUAUGCACGUUACGUCAGGUUGACGAUCAAAGGGAGAGAAUACCUCAGUGUUGCUGAAGUGAAAGUUUAUGCAUUAGAUGAUUGAUCUAAUUAACUGAAUUGUUAAAUAAAAGUGUACAAAAUU